AUGGGUAAAACUGAAAAUACAGACUCUGAACCAAAGGCAGAAGCUCCGACGGCUGAUUCACACCUCAUACUGCCUAUAGAAUUCGAGGAUGAGCCAAUAUCUUCAAUCGCGGAAAAAGCCAGAAUCACAGCAACAGUUACUUCGCCUCCUUUACCAGCUCUCGUAAGUGACGAAGCAAACCGAGACUCCUUAUUCCUCAAUCGUAAUUCGUCCACUAAUGGGGUUGAAGAAAAGAAUUUGACUCGUCUUCACGCAGGUCACUUUCGCGAUGAUCCUGUGGCUUUUGUAAUGCAACUGGGCGCGUUUUAUCAAGGAACAGGAUGGCGUAGUUAUAAAAAUUAUAUUGGAACACGUAUACUCUAUGACGGCUAUACAGAAGAAACGAAAGAACGGGUUCUUAAUAGUGAACGCGUCCGUUACAUGAUUGCAUAUCUUGCGGAAAAGCAGACAAAUAUCAUGGCGCAAUCAUUCCCAUCCCUGGAUGUUAAAAGCAUUCAAAAAAGAAAAAAAGCGUUAGAACAAGAAUUGCAGGCUGUAGCCAGGACAAUGGUCGACAAAUUAGUAGCCGACCUGAAUAGUUUGGGAUUCAUUCGAUUUUUCGGAUUCUUUGUAAAUAAUAUAUUAGUAAGAAUGUAUCAUCAAGGCAUUCGUAUACAUUGGCCGGAAUUUCUAGAAGUCCGUCGCGUUGCGAUUCGCGCUGCUCAAAAUUCUCAUUCUCUUAUUAUCCUUCCAUGUCACAAAUCGCAUAUUGAUUAUCUUGUUAUCUCUUGGAUAUUUUUCCGACUUGGUCUUGCUUUACCCCAUAUUGCUGCUGGUGACAAUUUAGAUCUACCGAUAGUUGGUGGAGCACUAAGACGUGGUGGAGCAUUUUUUAUUCGUCGUAUUUGGGGUGAAGAUCAACUUUAUGCAAGUGUGGUGAAAGAAUACGUAGAAGGAUUACUAGAACGUGGGCAUAACAUCGAAUGUUUCAUUGAGGGUACGCGUAGUCGAACUGGAAAAUUGCUGCCGCCUAAACUUGGGAUUCUAAAGAUUGUAUUGGAUUGUAUCUUAUCAGGCAAAGCAAAAGAUUGUUGGAUUGUGCCUAUGUCAAUACAAUAUGAUAAAGUAAUCGAAACAGAAUCUUUUUAUAAUGAAUUAUUGGGAAAUCCAAAAGAAAAAGAAAGUCUUUGGGGAAUAGUUACCAAUACGAGACUAUUACAGUUGAAAAUGGGGCGAAUUGAUGUCCGCUUUGCAAAGCCUUAUUCUCUACAGCUCUUUCUAAAAGAGCAAAUCAAACGAAGAAAUUAUUUUGAUCCUACACAUGAUCAUCAAAAAAUUACCUUAUUAAGGGCUUUAGGCUAUAGGGUCCUUUCUGAGAUAAAUGCAGUAUCGGUAGUUAUGCCGACUGCUCUAGUGGGCACAAUAAUUUUAACAUUACGUGGUCGGGGUGUUGGACGAAACGAACUAGUUCGUCGCGUGGAAUGGCUUCGAUCCGCAAUUCGGGCAAAGGGAGGCAGAGUAGAUGAUUUUGGUGAUAUGACAACUGAGGAGGUUGUAGAUAGAGCGAUAGCAGUUUUAAAGGAUUUAAUUAAAGAGAGAAGAGACUUGCUCGAACCUGUAUUUUAUGCAGAAAAAAGAUUUGAAUUAAGUUUCUAUCGUAAUCAGGUUAUGCAUUUGUUUGUAUCUGAAGCAAUAUUAUCGGCCGCCAUGUAUACAAAAAUAAAGCAGGGUGGCGCUAAAUCCACUCAACGUUUAACCUUUAACGUUGUCCUUGAGGAAGUGACUUUUCUAUCAAAGUUAUUGAAGGUUGAGUUUGUUUAUCAUCCUGGAAAAAUUAAGGAGAAUUUGGAAAUAACGCUGGAUGGGUUAAAGAAUGAUAAUGUAUUCGCAUAUGUUGAUGACUUUGUAGAGCUAUCGGAUACAGAAAGAAAAAACGGACGGGAAAUAUAUGAUUUUUACUGUUUCUUAAUAUGGCCUUUUAUUGAAACUUAUUGGUUAGCUGCGAUCGCCCUCUUUUCCAUGACACCUCCAUACUCCUCUCCCGAGCCAACAACUAUGAUAGUCGACCAAACUACAACACAAAAAACAAUCCCGAUCGUUUGGUUUAAUGAACGAGAUUUCCACAACAAAUGCCAACUAUUUGGAAAAACACUCUAUUACCAAGGCGAUCUUUCAUAUUUCGAAGCAAUAAGUAAAGAAACGUUAAAAAAUGCUUUUAUCAGAUACGAGCAAAUAGGUAUCAUCAAGGUGGAGCGAAGCCAAAACUCUAAAGUCCCAACAACUAUAGCUUUAUGCCCUGAUUACGUCCCAACACGGAACGCCGAAGGAGCUAUCGAGGCUAGCGGAAAGUUAUGGGAUUUUGUCGAGCAUGUUGGUAAAUUUAGGCGGGAAGGCAAAAAUCGGCGAGAUAAUAUGACUGUUAGCUCGAGAGUUUUGCGGUUGGCUGAGAUGGUGGGGAUGCCGAGUACGGCUGAUGUGGGGGUUACGACUAAUUUAUCGAGUAGGCCGUUGAAAGCUGGAAAACCAGAGGCUAAACUUUAA